AUGUCGCGUGCUGCUGGAACUUUAGUAACGACAUACAAUUCAACUUAUUAUCCUCCAUCGUUGAUGCCAGGAUAUCGAGGUCAUGUUCCAACUGUAAAUUUGCAAUAUGGCGAAACAUUUGGUAAUUCGACGGCAAAAUAUUUUCAGGAUUACCGGAGUGAAGCACUCAAUUCAUCAAAAAGUUUAUAUGCAAGAGGUGGAUAUUUUCCUACACCAUAUACACAUCAACCUGAAUUAGUUAUAAGUGAUCGACGUCGAUCAAGAGAUCGUUAUCUCUACAUUCCAAAAUACACCUUAAAUAAUCAGAACUAUGACCGCACUAAUGAAAUUCGAAAGUUUCAUCACCUUUCGCAACAUCAUCGUGAUGCUUACACGGAUAGAAUCGAACAUUUUUCUCCAUUACCUGUUUCAAAUGAUAAAAUGUAUGAAGCUCAUUUACCAUAUUACUCAAUGUUACUUCGUCACACAUCCAAUGUUAAUAUUCCAGUGGAAAAAAAUUUUCCUCCAGUUAAGGAAGUCGCCAAGCAUAGUGACUUUACAUUAUUUGGUCGAACUGGUAGAAAUUUAGGUUCAGCUGCUGCCUUUGGUGGUUCAACACCAUCAUUAAACGUUCCGAUUCAGCCUAGAGCAGCCAGCAGUGUGCCAACCGUCGAUUAUAUAUGCUAA